AUCUCUGAUCUGAGAGAGACUUUGGCUCAUCUGAAAGCGACAGGGCCCCUGCUUUCGGUAAGACCCUUCUUGUUCCCUUGGCUAGCUCAUCACGCUGGUACAGAUAUUCCAAACGACUAUAUCUCACGAUUUCGCCCCCCCAAUUCUGCCAGCCUGAGAUCACAACUUUCACAGACAUCCUCUCGACACCUCUUCUUCCCUCUACUGCCUUGGGUCCUUCGGACCUCGUCGUCGGUGCUCAGUCUCAGUCUGCCUGAGGCCAACACCCAACAUCCAACACAACCAAGCAUCCACCCCGAGACAACCUCGAACGUGCCCGUUCGGCAUCGUGCCUCCCCCCUUCCCGCGCUCACCCCCCAUCUUUACUCCUUGCAGUAUUGAUCGGCACUUUCUCAGCAAGCCUCACGAGCUCGCUCUUUGUUUGUUAGAAAGAGAGAAGAAAAACGCCCGCCCGGCCCCAAGAGCAUCUAGGCCUUGGGAAUUCGUAUUCGUCGGCGCUUUAUCGAUAUCGCUUCCGGAGCCUCAAGAGACCUAGAACACCCGCAUUCACGCGCCUCCCUCGGCCCCUGGUCGCGCAAUCCUAACAAAAAUCCCAUCUCGGCCCAUAAGCCGUCACGGUUAUCACCCAAGUCCAUAUACUCUCAUCUUUCCCCAGCUCAUGCGGUCGCAUUGAACUUGAGUUCUCUCUCUGACAAUGCUCGCCCUCGAGCAUUCUCGUCGUCAGCAGUUUGACCCAGGAUACGACUUCGAGCAAAGCAUUCAAGCACCCUUUCCCGGCCUCACCAUGGACGCCUACGACUCGGCCGACCCCAUGAUCAACUUCCACCCUCUCCCAUACUCGUUCUUUGACAACCCGUCCAUGUUUGCGACAGCUCCCAUGCAAUCCCUCAAGCAAGAGAUGCCGCCAUUCCAGGAUCUCCCCCCAGCUCUGAUUUCCUCGGGUUCCGCAGCAUCGAUCCCCAGCGCUUCGUCCUCCACGGUCGGCUCUCCAUACUCGGGGCCCUCCCAUACCGUCUCAAGUCAAGAUGGCUUCGACCGCACAGCUUCUUCAUUUGGUUUGGGUGUCAUGCCAGCUAUCGUCAACCACGAGGCCUUUUCACAAGAUAUCCUGGGAACCUCCAUGGAAGCCGAGCUGUCAUUGGGGAGCCAUGAGAAGCUCCCCGACAGUUUUGUGGGUGAGUGUGCAGAUCUUUCCUCUUCUCAUCCGCGACCACAGACCGGUGCCAUUUUCAAAGCCCAAUCCGUGCAGCCACUUUCAUCAUCUAUUAUUGCUUCGCCCGAGUCAUUGUCCAUCCAUACUUUCUUUGAUCAAGGCGUGUCCACCGCGCCUUCGGUUGCUUCCCAUUCGGGCUUUUCCACUGCUACCCAGUCCCCUUCAUCCGAGCAGACUCGGUCAACACCGACCUUCAAGUCACCCACCACACCUGCUUCAGCAUGUUCCAGGCAAUUUUCCGUUGUUUCUCCCAUCAAAGCGCGAAGCUUUCCCCCAACCUCGCGCUCACAAACAGCUCCCGUUUUCCACCCUCAUAUGCUCUCUCAUGACGCGCCAGCCGCAUCGCAGCAACAGCAACAUCAUCGGAGCCGCUUUCAGUCUCAUUUCUUUGCCCAAAGCAGCGGCAACUUCAUGCCCCCGCUGGAAACAUCCUAUCCGUCCUUGAUCCACGCUUCCAGAUCGUAUGGCGACACGGUGUUCGCUGAACACGGGGUUUUCGCACCUAGCUUGCACUCUUACACCACCACCUCUCCUUCUGGCUCCCCAGCCCCAUCACCUCAGCCAUACGCCGCCUAUCCCCCAGCCCAAUUUUCAGAGCCCCUCACCAACACCAACUACUAUCAACAGCCGCAUUACAUGAGCCGACGACCUUCCCUAGCUUCCUAUGUAUCUGGAGUAUCCCAUCCAAGCCCAACCUCGGAAAUCGAUGAUGAUGGCCGAGACAAGGGCCGAUGCCCGCAUCCUGAGUGCGGCAAAGUCUUCAAGGAUCUCAAGGCUCACAUGUUGACCCACCAAGCCGAGCGGCCAGAGAAGUGCCCGAUCCUGACCUGCGAAUACAACCAGAAAGGGUUCGCCCGCAAGUACGACAAGAAUCGACACACCUUAACCCACUACAAAGGCACCAUGGUUUGCGGGUUCUGCCCCGGAUCAGGCACUCCGGCUGAAAAGAGCUUUAACCGAGCCGACGUCUUUAAGCGCCACCUGACAUCUGUCCACGGCGUCGAGCAGACACCACCUAACAGCCGAAAGCGCAGCCCAUCGGCAAGCAACCGAAAGCUCUCUAGCUACUGUCAAGAUGCCACAGGCAAGUGCUCUACUUGUUCAGCCACAUUCAACAACGCCCAAGACUUCUAUGAGCACCUUGACGAUUGCGUGCUGCGUGUGGUGCAGCAAGAAGAGCCUUCCGAGGCGGUGAACGUUCAGCAUCUCUCCCAAAUUAACAACGACAAGGACGUCCAGGAGACCCUGGACCGUCACAUGAUCAAGACUGAGGAUGCCCCGUCCAGCUUCGAUGAUGAAGAUGAUGAGGACGAAGACGAAGACGACGAAGACGAUGAGGAAGAUGACCCGUCAUUUAACAGUCGGUCUGGCAAAGGCGCACUGAAGUCCAACAAAGCCCCGGCAUCGUCGCGAGCAAUCAUCGGUGGCGGUGUCUCGAAGCCUGGCAAGUCUUCGAAGAAAGGCAUGACAUGGUCCAAAGGCGGAGUGGCUCUUGUCGGUAAGGGGCGCAAGAAGAGAAGACACUACCCACCGUCCUGGGGCAUGUCCGCCGAGAAGAUGCGCAUGAAGAAGCGCGUGCUUUGUGUAUAUGACGGCCAGCGGCGCCUGUGGAAGGAUGACAUGAUGCUCCACAACGAAUUCGAGGUGCGGAUGACUCUGCCCGAUGGCAAGAGCUAUGUCACCGACCUCGAUGUCGAGACUCUCAAACGAGCUGAGGCCUUCCACAGCGCCACAGCGGAAGAGAAGGGUCCCUGGAUCCCGACCACCGAGGAUGAGAGUCACGCUUUCGACCUCAAUGCUCUCAUGGCUUAAUUCACGUGCUGUUGACCUUUUUCUGUAUUAAUGGCGUGUUUUGAGCGAUUUGGAUAUGGACAAGUUGAUCUCGAGAAUCCUUGCCAAUGGAGAGAUCCUUAUUCUGUUGUUUACCCUUUUAAUCUUUUGAGAUCAUGGACGCUCUCAAUGAGCAUGCAGCGAUGCAAAUGUGGACAUGAAAUUUCUGCCAGGUUGAAGCAGCCCUGAAAAAAAGUUGGCAAUGCUUCUGAUGAACACAUGGGAAUUUGGGAAACCACCUCGUGGAUAUGGGAAUGAUUUUGAUUAUGUGAAGGAGACGGCCUCGGACUCCAGCAAGAGAUACCCCAUCACUUGGAGCUCCCUGAGGUUCACGAAAAGCUUGUGUACGAUAGAUACCUUGAAAGGGUGAACCAGGAAGCGCUGAGCGCUACAGUAUUGCAAUGAAGGAGAUUUCAUUGACCUUCCAA